CUACUACAGCUCUGUGAGCAGAGCUACGCGUUUGCGGCGCGAACUUCCUCUACACGCGCGCACUUGUCUGCGCGCAUCCUCCGCUGCGCCGCCUCUCUGUUCCUUUAAACGCAGGCAGCCCACGCCUCGAAAAGCGGCUUGUUCCGGCUUGCCCCUUUACAUCUUUUUAUCCUUGCUCACAACGUUCAAGUAGUGCCGCGCGGCGCUCGUCCGACACUUACGCACAAGCAUUUUCCUUUUGAUUUUUUUUUUUUUGCUUUCGGGUGAAUCGCAGGAGGCUGGUGAAAACAAGCCCGCGUCCUAGGCCGCGCGGCAGCUCUCCGGUGAUGCGUCCGGGGCGCAGUUCGGGCAGCAUCACCAGCGGAGCGAUACCGCCAUCUCCCCUCAGCCCUGGUUUGCCGAACCUAGGGUGUGUGGCUCAAUGUACCUGAGCGAGCGUGUUCGUCACGUACUGUCAGAAAGGGGGGCCGGGGAUCCGAACUGGACCGAGGGACUCGCCUCCGAUGCUGUGAAAUGCGGCGCCGUGUUGCUCUCGCAUCGGGAUUAGUCUCCGAGCGCCGGCUGCCGCGGUUGUUUUGCGACUGAUGAAGAUUUGUUUAAUUAUUUUGAUGCGCUCCUGUGGAUGUCGGUGAAGACGCUCGUGCUGCUGCUGCGGCGUAGCGCGUGAGACAGCGUCGGCGCUGGCGAGCAGGAGCUGCUGUCGGGGGUCGACAUGCAUUCCCACUGAGCUUGGCAACGCCUCCUCCAGCGGUGCCGUGGCAGCAUGCCAGUGCAGGCGGCCCAGUGGACAGAGUUCCUGUCCUGCCCCAUCUGCUACAAUGAGUUUGACAGCAGCGGCCACCAGCCCAUCAGCCUGGGCUGCUCCCACACAGUGUGUAAGACCUGCCUACACAAGCUGCACCGCAAGGCCUGCCCCUUUGACCAGACGCCCAUCAGCACCGACAUUGACCUGCUGCCGGUCAACUGUGCCCUGCUGCAGCUGGUCGGAGCUCAGAUCCCUGACUUGCAGCCAGUGAGUCUCAGCAGCGCCGCAGAGGUCGAGCACUAUGACGUCUGCCGGGUGUGUGUAGAAGAGCUGGCUCUCUACUUAAAGCCUAUCAGUGGAGCAAAAGGCGUGGCCACCCUGAGUCCGAGCGUGCUCAGUCGACCUAUGCAGAGGAAGCUGGUGACGCUGGUGAACUGCCAGCUGGUGGAGGAGGAGGGCCGCGUGCGGGCCGUGCGGGCGGGACGCUCGCUGGGGGAGAGGACGGUCACCGAGCUCAUCCUGCAGCACCAGAACCCCCAGCAGCUCUCCGCCAACCUCUGGGCAGCUGUUAGGGCGCGUGGUUGCCAGUUCCUGGGACCCGCUAUGCAAGAGGACGCGCUGAAGCUGGUCCUGCUGGCUCUGGAAGACGGCUCGGCGCUGUCCAGGAAGGUCCUGGUUUUGUUUGUCGUGCAGAAACUGGAGGCCCGCUUCCCACAGGCCUCCAAAACCAGCAUAGGCCACGUGGUGCAGCUGCUCUACCGAGCGUCCUGCUUUAAGGUGACCAAACGUGACGAGGACUCCUCUCUGAUGCAGCUGAAGGAGGAGUUCCGCACGUACGAGGCCCUCAGGAGAGAGCACGAUGCUCAGAUUGUCCACAUCGCCAUGGAGGCGGGCCUGCGCAUCUCCCCCGAGCAGUGGUCCUCUCUGCUGUACGGAGACCUGGUCCACAAGUCACACAUGCAGUCAAUCAUCGACAAGCUGCAGUCUCCGGAGUCGUUUGCAAAGAGCGUUCAGGAGCUGACGAUUGUUCUGCAGAGGACCGGAGACCCCGCCAACCUCACGAGUCUCAGACAGCACCUGGAGCUACUAGCCAACAUAGAUCACAACCCAGACGCCCCAGCACCGUCAUGGGAGGAGUUGGAGAAUGUGCUGCUGGCUGUGAAGCUGGUCGUUCACGGACUGGUGGAGUUUAUACAGAACUUCAGCAAGAAGAGCCACGACACUCCACAGCCACAGGCCAACAGCAAGUAUAAGACGAGCAUGUGCCGAGACCUCCGUCAGCAGGGCGGAUGCCCCAGAGGAACCAACUGUACGUUCGCACACACGCAGGACGAGCUGGAGAAAUUUAGGCUGAGGAACAAGAAGAGCAGCAGUGUGACGCGUGCGUUCCCAGGGGUUCUGGGUAAAUCCCUCACCGUGGACGGCAGCGUCCAUGCAGAUGUGUCCACGGCAGCGGGGCAGGGGCUCAAAGGGAUGGGGGAGAACGCAGCCGGCCUCACAGAGGGAGUCCCCAGCCUGACUCACCCACAGCUUAUCUCACGAGGGCCUGACGCCAUCGAGGACUUGAAGAGAGCGGUGCCGAAUGGAUCCAGUGGGGCUAACGGGCCUAAUGGACUGUCUAGCGCCAACAGAACCAUGCUGGGGUCAACAGAACAAAAGUCCAUCUCCCCUCCCAGGACUCCAGUGAGCCAUUCGUCAGCAUUGUCUCCUUUGAGCGCCGUUGUCCGGGGCGAUGGCGGCACCGCCAUACCCAAACACGGCCAGUUCAUGCUCCGCGCACCGCAUCCGCCUCAGGCGUCGGAGCUGUACUAUCAGGAGCACCGCUUCGCUUACGACACGGCCCAUUAUCAGGCAACAUCAGGUUCCUACAACCCAUCUACACUUCACUCUUCCCACAAACCCUGCAUUGCUCACUUCCUCCGAUCAUCAAACGUCCCAGAAUCCUCUCUGCAGCCGUCCAUCGGCCCUUUGCCAGCUUCCUACCCCAGUGACCCUCAAACGCUGCACCCACCCUCCUCCUCUGCCUCGGGGUACGCUCCACACCCACCUAGGGAUCGCAUGGGUCCUCCUGCUUUCCAUCCACACCCAGGGCAGCCUCAGUAUGGGUCCCUGGCCCCUGCACAUGGGGUUUAUGCUCCCCUCUAUGACAGCAGGAGAGUAUGGAGGCCUCAGCUGUACCACAGAGAGGAUGCCAGGAGUAACUCGCUGCCUCCAGAGGUGCUACAUUCCUCUGUUUACCAGCCUCCACUCAGGGAGAGAUUCAACUCUUUAGACAGCAACUACUGCUCUGGAGCCGAACACCGUCCAGGGCUACACAGGGAUUAUGGCCGCGUUCCUCUGGGCUAUGAGGAUCUAUUCAGAAGGAAGCAGGAACAGUGGGCUCAUCAUCAUCACCAUCACAACACCAGCAGGCCCUCCCAGUCCUCUCCCAUCUUCACUAUUGAUUUUGGAACAGAGCAUGUGGAGAGCGGCGGUCAGUGCAUGGGGUGCAGGUUCAGCGGCGAGGAAAGUCUGGCUCACUACUCGCCGUGGUCCUGCGGCACCAUCGGCCCCUGCCUCAGUCCCUUUGAGCCAGAAGCGCUCGCACACUCCUCAGCGCACUCCUGCUCCGAGCACUCGGUGAGAUUCCUCCCGCAACCAAAGGAGCUGGACGGCAACGGCGGAGUGAGCGGCGCCGCCGUCGGGAAGCGGUGGCUGCACUCGUUGGAUCACUACCGGCGCUUGAAGGAUGAGGAUCCAAUCAUUCCCUUUAGCGAGGGGCCCAUUAUCUCUAAGUGGGGGGCCAUAUCCAGGGCAUCACGCACAGGCUACCACACCACAGACCCUGUCCAAGCCACUGCCUGCCAGAGCAGCGCCAGCACCACACCCAUCAACUUUAAAGAUUACAACCCCCACUCAGACCACAGUGACUACAGGUGGAGCUCUAGAGGGUCCGACUCUUCCAGCCACUCCAGUUUCUUAGAGAGUGAACAGCUUUGUGCUGCAGAGCUUCAUGGCCGUCGAACUUCAAUUAGCAGCGCCGAGAAAAUCGUUUCUGAUCGCCAAAGCCAUCAGAAUGCCUACAGCAGGGACAGGGCAGAGAGCGAGCCGGAUCCGGACCGAGACAUUGAGCUCGAACUGCGUGCUCUGGACAUGGAGGAGUCGGAGCACCAGGGGAUCAAGACUCAGGAGUUUUUAGACUUGGCCUCCCCACAGUCUCAGGAUGCUUCUCAAAUCCUCCCCCGACCCUGCUGCUCUCCCCUCCUCUCAUCCCCUGUAGAGGAACACCCCCAAACCGAGAGAGCUUCGUCAGAAAAGAUGGAUGCUCACCUGCUGAAAAAGAUGGCCUUCAGGAAGUCACUGUCUCCUGGAGGGUUGGUUUCAGGAAGUCUGGGUGUUGGAAAGCUGGUGCUGCGUACUGGACCUCCACGACUGGGGGACACUUCCACCAGAGCCUGUGCUGAAAUGCCCGGUACAGAGAUGCUGCUCAGUGGGAACUAAGAGGCUGCAAACUCAAAGUAGAGCGGAGAUGCUAACCCACAACCAUUCUGGUUAAAGGAAAAACCAAACAUUCAUACAUGCCGAUCAUACGCGGUGUCACUCUGCAGCAGAAAUAGCUGCAGGAAUAAUUUCACCAUUUAUGCCUGUUAAGGCACAACGCCCCCUCACGGUGGUAAACUCACCCAUUUGCUGAUUCAAAUCUGAUUUUGAUGAAUAGCGAUGCCACUCUUUCCUUUUACUUAACCCUAAGUCCUUAUACAAAAUGCAAAGACUAAGAUCCACCCACUCCACAUUUCUACUCUAGUCAACAUACAGUACUUACUGCUUCAACAGCUCCACAGCUUGUGCCUUGCAAAAACUGUUUUAUCCCCACAUACAGUAGCUAUCAGAGCAACACUCCUCCAAAGGAUGCCACUUUAUGGACACCUAACAGAUUUUCCAUGUCUUUCUCUUCAAGAAAGCUCUUCACAUGUUACAUUUUAUUCCUCCAAGCUGUCUUGCAUGGCUUACUCCAGCUCUAAGGCAUGGUUUAGCCUUUAUUGUUUUUCAGUGGUUCCCUAUUGAAGUAUUUCCAUGAAAACCAAGAGAUGAAUCCUCCAAAACUAACAAAGAAGGAUAGAGCACUGUGUCCCCAGAAAACAGAGGUCUUUGCUAUGUUGGUAGUAAAAUUAGCCUUUCUCUUUUCAGUCAUAUGAUGUCUUAAAUGCCGACCUCUGACGUGACUAAACUGUCAUGAGAUCACGGAGCACAAUGACACAGUUAUACACGUGAUAAUAAAGCAUCACUGAUCACUGUAGGUCGGGAAGGAAACAAAAACAACGAUGAGUGGGUUUCCUACUCACAAAAUGUCUGAAGAACACAGAAGAUCAACACUGAAAAUGUUUAUUGAGCUGCACAUGAAGAUUAUUUGGUAAAUAAGUUGUAAAAAGUGUUAUUUGUGCCUGUGGUUACUGGCGUUUAUUCCUGCAGAGUCAGAGUUACUGUAGGAACAGUUGUUUCUCUCAGUCACAUUUAAUACAGUGGCCUUUUGCUUCUUGGUAUUCUAUAAAGUAAACAUUGACAGAGACUUCUGUUCACUCCCUGACAGACGUCUGUCUCAUUCAUCUCUCCGUUCGUGUGAGUUCAGAGGGUGAACACAGGAAAUUGAUUUUAAAAGCCCGUGGAUUUUUCUGUGGUUUCCAGUCCAGUUCCUGUUAUGUCCUUAGUAAACAAUACUCAGAAUUCGUGUACGAUGUUUCAAACACACUUAGAAAGUGAGGGGCACCACCUGUUUUUUCUUCAUGCCACAUGUUUGUUGAACUUUUCUGAAAGAUUUCUCAUUUUAUUUUUUUUCAUCGCUAACUUCUGUGAAGUUGUUCGUCUGGUUAUUUUGUAUCAGGACCUUUGUUACUCUUUGUUAUAGCUUAAUCCACAGAGACUGAAGCGUUUGCUGUGUCUCGUGUGUUUUCUCCACAUCAGCUGUGCUUUUGUCAGCUCACUUUAAUCCACCAAUAUAUGUAAUAUUGUAGAGUGUGGUUUUCAUACAACCCAGCCUUGCCUUUCUAUGUCUAGGAAACACGAGGCGUCUUAUCAUGUGUGGCUUACGCUUACUGACUUUCAGAAGCACGAAUGAAGACUCCAUUGAGUUUGUUUACACCUGUUAUAAAUGUUGGGAGGUCUGUACAGUAUGUCUAGAGGGCAUUUAAAUGAUAUUUGAAUUGUUGAUGUUUCCUCUUACCUUCCUCUCACAUUAGCUACUGUACAUUCACAAAAACUCCCUGAGAUGAAAGCAGCAGCGUCUUUCAUAUUUCAUAUUGUCUUACAUCCUCUUUUUUAUAGGGUGACAGAAUUAUUAUAUAUGUAUGAAUGAAGAUUUUUGAGUCCUUACCAAGCAUUGAUUACAUUUCGGGGGCGGUCUCUUACUGUAUCUUCCACCCUGCUGCUGAGAGACGCUGAUGGAGGACGACCCAGUGUGACUUGAUUGGAUGAUGCCAUUUUAAAUAAUGUGGACUUAAUGUAAAAGCUGUAAAAUGUAAAAGAGCUAGCACAGAGAUUUAGCUGCUCCCUACUGUCGCUUAUUACUGUUUACAACUUCCCCCUUGAAGUUAUGUAUCGUUAAGUGCCAUGUUGUAUACAGUACAGUACAAUCAAUCCCCACUAUAGUCACACAGCUUUUCAUAGUCCUGAACUGUAAAAGUAAAAGUAAAAGUAGUCCCGCUUGGUUCCAUUAGAGGGAGAUACAUCCUUGUCUGUCUGAAUUGCUCAGGGAAGACUUAAGUUGUUGCCCUGUGAUGGACUGGCGACCUGUCCAGGGUGUACGCCGCCUCUCGCCCGUAGAUAGCUGGGAUAGGCUCCAGCACCACCCGCAACCCUGCAUGGGAGCAAGCGGUAGAAGAUGGAUGGAUGAAUAGACUUAAGUUGCUCAGCUGCACUUGCUUUUUUUCUGCAUUUAAUGAUUUUGAUAUUCUGUGGAGGUAUUUAACUGAAUGAGCUCUACACCCACAGUGUAAAUGGGGUCAAGUGUCGUUUGCCAGUGUUUACCUUAGCCUCCUAUCAAUUUGGCUUUGCUGUUCUUGCUCUCAUGGGUAAGGGCUGGGCACUACUGUACUGUACAUAAAACAGUAUUGUGAGUAUUUAACUUAUGUGAGAGUGAUACUCCCUGUUUCAUUCAAAGUGUUUGUGGAGCACUGUUGUAGUGGUUGAUUGCACUGCACUAGAGUCCGGUCCCACCACUGCCAGCAGGUUCACUCUGCCAGUGAGUGCCUCCCUACACCCGCUCCCCAUCCUUCCUCUUUCCUUCAACCCACCUCCUCCACCCUCCCUGCAUCCUGUGUCAUGCAUGCAAUAUAGUCCCUCUUGUGAUGGCAGAGGAUUAUUGAUGAUUCUGUAGUUGUGAUACAACACACCCAGCGCUGUAACAGUUCUGCACAUGUCCACUGUGUGGCCACGUCAAGUGCUGAAGAUUGCUUGCAGCAUUUUAUUUGUUUGCUCAUGAAAUUUAUUGUUUAAUAGAGAUUAUAUUGUUAUUACUAUUACUGUAGUUACCACAUUUGGUUGUGCUGUGGUAGUUUUCCUCCUUGGUAUAUUGAAAGUCGGCUUCUUUGUUUUGAAUUUGGGAAUUUGCUCAAAAUGUUGAACAUUUUUAUUAUUAACAAGACGGUAUGUCAUUAUUCUAUAUUAUAUGGAAACGCUGUUUGUUGAUUGUGAAACAUCAGAUGAACCAAUGUUUUUUGACUAUUCAUGUCUGUAUUAGACAUUUUAUUUGCAAAUCUAUUGUUCGAUUGAAAUGUAAAUGAACUAUUAAGAGAUGGUACACAUCCGUCAUUUUAUACAGCCUGGCACCAUCAUUAGAUGGACUUAUAGUAUUGAACCUCAUUUAUACAACCUGUGAUAAUCAGAUAUAUUUAAAUGUUUAAAUCAUUGGGGCAGUUGUGUAAUGUUUCAGAAUGAGGAAAGUAGUCCUUAGGAGACAGACAUAUCUAAAAUGUCCCCAUAGUGAAUACAGUAAUACUGUUACGUAUUCCAUUUAUUUCCUUGGAAAUAUCACAUUGUGAAAGGUUUCCCUUUUACUUACUAUAUGGUAAAGCAGGACUAGAGUAAGUCUACAGUAUGGUGAUGAUGAAAUACUGUAUGUGUUCCUAAUGGUUGAUGAAAAUGUCUGUUGUUUGACUCUGCUGUGCAUUUAUUGGCUUGUUCACUUGUAUUACACUGAACUACAGAUAGCUCGUCCGGGCAGCACACUGCUUCUUUGUUUCAAUGAAAGAUGGAUUUAGAGCACAUGAGACUGCAUGCUACAAUAAAUCAAACAAACAAUA